AUGACAACGUCUACUCUUGAAUGGUUCGGCGCCACGACCUACCGACUUCGUACGAGAGGCGUCACUGUCUUUCUUGAUACUUGGCUCGAUAGGCCCUCUAUAUUGAAAACCUAUCUGCCAAUCGAUGAUGUAGAAGAGGCCGACUAUAUCUUCAUUUCCCAUGCUCACUUUGACCAUCUGCCAGGUGCAGAUCGCAUCGCCAUUAAAACUGGCGCUAUCGUCAUAGCAAAUAAUGAAGCGAUCAAUCUUUUGAGAGAAGCCGGCGUUUCUGAACAUCAACUCUUCCCAGUCCAAGGUGGCGAACGUAUCCCGUUGUUUACUCGCGAAACCUGGGAUCAAGCCAGAGCCGACCCAUCCCUCUUCUCCCCUGGAUUGCCCAAUGCACCAAAACGCCCACUCGACAAACAUGCGGCACUCUCAGUCGAUGUCUGGCCUUCGCUUCAUUGCUUCAUGCCGGCAGAUCACCCCGAAGUUAUUGAUACGGCUACUGUCUAUAAAGGUUCUGCCAGUCCAUACACUUGCACUCUUGACAUUACCAUAGGAAUGAAAUAUGGUUUGUUUCAACUUGACGAACUCAUGCCACCCGAAAAGCUUACUUCAGGUCACCGUUCAUUCAUAGAGUAUAUAAGUGACCGGAAGCGGAAUGUCAUGUCACAUAGUGAUGGCGGCCAGUUGAUGUUCAACUUUGUCAUCGGGGACAAGGCGUUACUUUGGAGCGCACAUCUAGGAGGGUAUAAUGGUAUCUUGAAGAAUCUGCAGCCGAAACCUAACAUUGCCAUCAUGGCUAUCGCUGGAAGAGCUAAUCUCAAUGGAAAACCUUUUGAUGGUUCUGCAGCCGAGUUUGCAGCUAUGAAGGUUGGUUGGCUUGGAAACCCAUCUCAAGUAAUUUGGUGUUUACAUGAUGAAGCAUGCAUUCCACCGUGGAGGAUCCAUACCGAGGCAGCUACAAAAGCCGUCGAGGAGAAUGGGAAGACCAAGAUAUUGGAAAUGGACUUUGCUCAGCCAGUUGAGUUAGAUAUUUAG